AUGUCUGAAGCAAAGUCCAAGGCGCAACAGAUCAUCAACGACAACAGCGUGGUUGUCUUCAGCAAGAGUUACUGUCCAUACUGCCGCGCCACCAAGUCGCUGCUCGACGAGAGGAAGGCCAAGUACUACAAGAUCGAGUUGGACCAAGUUGACGACGGCGCUGCCCUGCAAGACGCGCUUGAAGAGAUCACUGGCCAGCGCAGUGUGCCCAACAUCUUCAUUGCUCAGGAGCAUAUCGGUGGCAACAGCGAGCUGCAGGCGAAGAAGAGCCAGCUUGAUGACAUGCUCAAGUCAGCCCAUGCUAUCUAA